UAUUCAAAUUGACUCAAAAUUUAUAAAAAAUAUUUACUUUUGGCUAUGAAACUUAUGCGCAGCACUUUAAUGCUGGCUCGUAAUUGUUGCAAGCGUGUGACACCAGCAGCAGCAGCAGCAGCAGUGCGCAACUAUUCGCGUGGCGGCAUGUCAAAGUUUCCGGACCCUCCCUGCAUUAAAUUGGAUCCCAAUUGUCACUUUGUCGUCGAUAACUGUAGAGUAGCUCGUGAUACGCUGGCACUCAAGCUGCCAUAUGAGGGACAGCGUAUGGCCAAUGAUGGAGUGGAGCCAAAGUGCUGCGUGCUGCGUACAGCGCAUCAAAAUCCUUGUCACGGGCACACUAAAAAGAAGAAAGUGAAACCUAAAAUCUCUUGCCCUUUUCGUUCUAUGUGGGAGCCACCCUAUUGGCCCGAUGAGCUGCGUCAAUGCAAGGAUCUGUUUCCACGUUUCGAUGCUAUUUACUACAAGCCGUCGGAUAAGUGGCGCUGCUAUCAGCGCACUUGGGUGGAGUGUCCGCCCAAGCGUUUGCGCUUGAAGAAGAUCUGCUGCUUGGACGGCAUUGAGCCACCAGAAGUGGUGAAACGCAUCAAGGAGCGCUGUCCCAAAACCGCAUGCCCCAUGGCUUACUCGAACAUGCGGAAAAUCUGCAGGGCCGACAGAGAUUUAGAUCCAAACGGCACAUGCACUAAACUCUAUUGGCCAUGCUGCAAGCCUGCUCGCUGUCCCCCCAAAUGUCAUGCGGCUAAAAUGGCGCAUUGUGCCCACCGCCUACGUACGCCCUAUCGUUGUUUUUCGGAUGUGCGUAAAAAGAAACGACCUCAACGCUACAAGGAGUGCAACUGCUAUGAGCAAGGCAACAUGUGCGAUCUUUAUACGAUGAUGCGAAAAGUGAAUACGCUCCAGCGCAGAGAUUGUAAAUGCUGAACCCCAAGGUCAGCUCU